UACUUACUCCGCAAGUUAUUAGGGCGAUCUCCCGAAGACCAGGAGCAACCAUCAACAUCCACGUCCACAUCCAUCUAAACACGCCUUUUUUAAGUUGCAAGGGUUUUCACUACUGAAAGCCACGCAUCAUUUUAUACUUCCUGGCUUAUUCAAGAUGGGGCCAUCUCAGUCUACACACAAGUCAGAUGACUCUCACGGACAAGAGUUUAUUCUCCCGCCCUUCACUCGUGACGUUACUACCACUAAACCUGAGGCCAAGAGAUGGAUCGAAGAUGGCAUCGUUUGGUGCUACGCUUUCAAUCAUGCCGAAGGAGAACGCUGUUUUGAAAGGGCCAUUGAAAUCGACCCCGAAUGUUGCCUCGCAUAUUGGGGCCUUGCCUUUGCUCUUGGCCCCAACUACAACAAGCCAUGGAAAGCAUUCGACCGCAACGAUCUCAAGCACACCACAUUGAAAGGCCUUGAAGCCUGUAAAAAUGCUGAAGCUCUAGCCUCAAAAGCGAGCCCUGUUGAACGAGCCCUUGCUGGCGCCAUUCGACAUCGCUAUCCUAAAGAUGAGAACGACACAAAUCAUGCUAGGAGUUGGAACAGUGCCUACGCAGAGGCCAUGAAACCUGUUUAUGAAGAGUUCAAAGAUGAUCUAGAUAUCGCAACCCUGUACGCCGACUCACUCAUGAAUCUCACGCCCUGGGCUCUAUGGGACGUUCGAACAGGGAAGCCUGCACCUGGGUCUGAGGUCCUCGAGAUUCAAGAAGUUCUUGAAAGAGGUAUAGCUCAGGAGGGCGGAUAUGAGCAUAUCGGACUCUUGCACGCCUACAUUCACGUCACUGAGAUGUCAACUGAGCCUGAAAAGGGUCUUCUUGCAGCCGAGCAUCUUCGCAGAUUGGCGAAUGAAGCAGGCCACCUAGCUCACAUGCCAUCGCAUCUUGACAUCCUUAUCGGAGACUAUCGACGUGCCAUCUCUGCCAAUGCAAAGGCUGUCAUAGCUGAUGAGAAAUUUGUAUCCCUUCGGGGCGGCGGCGACUUCUACACCAUAUACCGCAUGCACGACUACCACUCACUCAUCUACGCCGCCAUGUUUGCUGGCCAGUACGGUGUCUCGAUCAAGGCAGUGAACCAAAUGGAAGUGGCUAUUCCAGACCAAGAUCUACGAAUUGAGUCGCCUCCAAUGGCAGACUGGCUGGAGACUUUCCGAUCAGUUCGUCCACAUAUUCUGAUCCGUUUUGGAAAAUGGGAGGAAAUCAUUGACAUGCCGCUUCCUGUGGACCAGAGACUGCUCUGUGUGACCACCGCGACGAUUCACUAUGCCAAGGGUGUUGCUUAUGCGGCGCUGGGAAAUGUCGAAGAGUCAGCUGAGCAACGAGAACUCUUCAUCGCUGCUAAAGCUCGUGUGCCGCCGACCCGUACACAGUACCCUAAUAAGUGCCUCGAUGUCCUGGCUGUGGCCGAAGCCAUGCUCGAUGGCGAACUCGAGUACCGACGAGGCAACAUUGAGCUUGCCUUUGAGCAUCUUCGAAAGUCAAUCGAUCUCGAUGAUGGUCUGCGAUACGCUGAGCCGUGGGCAUGGAUGCAACCCGCCCGUCAUGCGUACGCCGCUCUCCUCAUGGAACAAGGCCGCAUCGAAGAAGCUGCUGAAGUAUAUCGCACCGACCUCGGCUUGAAUAACAAGCUAUUCAGGGCCAGACACCACCCUAAUAACGUCUGGGCCCUCCACGGCUAUCACGAGUGUGCAGUGAAGUUGGGGCUUGACGGAGAGGCGCGGAUCGUAAAGCAGCAGCUUACGACGGCUAUGGCUUUUGUGGAUGUGCCUAUCGAGUCGUCGUGUUAUUGCAGACGGGAUGUUGAGAACCCUGUGGGGUGUUGCCGUUUAUGAUUCACUUCUUAUAGAUGACUAUAUUGUUAUGAAGACAUGGGGAUAGUUUAUUAGAUAGCCUAGACUCUUGUUUAAUGAUUGGAUUUACACGGCCUUUGGGAAUGGCUAUUCGCGGUACAUGAUGAGGUGAGCGUUAUUCGGAUUAGAGAUUUGUCAAUGAUUAUCCCUCAGGGAAUAAAAGAAUUAUGGCCUUGAGGAGAGAUGAUAGAUGUACUAAACUCUUCAAAGACCGCCCUAAGUUUAUGAUGAUUUACCUAAAUAUUUUUGUUAGUUAGGAUUGAGGUCUCAAG